UAGUUCAUUUCUUUUUUCUUUCGUUCGCCCGCUGGCUGAAUCGCGGCAUUGAUCUCUGAGCCGCGCAGACCUUUAAUUACAGUGAUUAGCUGGAGAAGAGCUGCCGCCGGGGUCAGGGAACUUUAUUACGGGAGUCUUGUCGCACACACACACACGGCCCUCUCGAAAAGAAAAAAAACCCACCAUAUGCCCCGGCAGCCACAAUGUUUACAGCGAACGGGUUGCCAAAUUGGACCUCCGAAUUGCAGCACUUUCCAAUUUUUUUUUCCCUUUUUCCCCGUGUCCUUUUUGGACCGGGAGUUAAAAAGAGACAAGCUGCUCAGUCUGGUCGUUUUUUCUGGCUGAAGAGCAGCAGAGCUGCAGUGUGCCUGGUCGCUGGGCUCACUAUCUUGUUGACUGAUUAAAAGUAAAUACGACGUGAAGAAGAAAAUAAGCGAGCUCUUGUGUUUGUGACUCAAAAGGUUCCAGUGAGAUUUGGGUUUCUGUGUGCACGCUCCCAGUCUCUGUGCCUUUAUGCCGAUCCGGGCGGGGCUUUGGUGUGCCUGGCUCUGAGGCCCACAGAUGAGAUGCCGGAGGAGGUGAGAGACAUCGGGGAAAACGACCAGAAGAGCCUCUUAUUUGCCAAAAUGGUGAGGUGGUGCCACGCCCUGCUGCUCCUCCUGGCCCUGGCGCGUUCGGCCUCCGGGCAGGAGGCCACGCAGGCCUUCCCCACGGACAACCUCAUCAACAACGUGGUGCGGGACCCCCAGACGGGCCGCGUCUACCUGGGCGCGGUCAACGCCGUCUACCAGCUGGACUCGUCCCUGCGGCUGGAGCGGCGGACGGAGACGGGCCCGAGGCGGGACAGCCACCAGUGCACCCCGCCCAUCCCCCAGACCUGCAAGGACGCCAAGCAGAUGGACAACAUCAACAAGCUGCUGCUGCUGCACCCGGCCAACGGCUCGCUGGUGGUCUGCGGGAGCCUCUUCAAGGGCCUCUGCUCGCUGCUCAACAUCAGCAACAUCGAGGAGCAGGUCUACUACAGCGACACCAAGGGCGAGAAGACCUACGUGGCCAGCAUCGAGGAGUCCGUGUCCGUGGUGGGCGUCAUGGCCUCCUUCGAGAAGGACGGCGACGACCUGCCCGUCUUCCUGGUGGGCAAGGGCUACGGCAGCCAGGACAGCGCCAAGCUGAUCAGCACCCGCAUCCUGCAGGACUACCGCGAGUGGGUGGUGUUCGAGAACAUCGUGGAGGCGUCCACCGUGCAGGCCAACCCCUUCUUUCUCAAGUACCUGCACGACUUCCGGCACGCCUUCAAGGACGACGACUUCCUCUACUUCCUGUUCUCCCGGACGAUGGGCGCCAGCAACAGCAGGAACUUCACCUUCGUGGCGCGCCUGUGCGAGAGCGACCCGCACUACUUCUCCUACACCGAGCUGCAGCUGAGCUGCGGCCACGGCAACGCCUACAACAAGGUCCGCGCGGCGCACGUGGCGUCGCCCGGCGAGGAGCUGGCCGGUCACAUGACCGCCACGGGCCGCUACGGGACCGUGCGGCCCUCGGACAGGGUCCUGUUCGCCGUGUUCCGGACGGACGAGGAGCACGGGGGCUCGGCGCUCUGCAUGUACCCGCUGAAGGCCAUCAACGAGAGGCUGGUGCAGAUCAUCGGGGCCUGCUACACCAACAAGGGCCUGAUCGACGGGAAGAACGCCGUCCGCUCGCCCUACUCCACCACUACCAACUUCUGCGCCUCAGUUCAAGGCGAGAACCUGGUGACCAGCUACAAGUGCGGGGCGGAAUUCCUCACCUCCCCCCUGGCGAGCACGGAGGAGUUCGCCCUGACGGCCGACGCCCUGUACGAGCGGAAGGGGAAGGGGGUGCUGACGGCCGUGGGCGUGUCGGUGGAGAACGAGCACACCGUGGCCUUCCUGGGGACCAGCACCGGGGAAGUGUACAAGGUGCACCUGUCCAGCACCCCUAAGGUCUACCACCGGAGGCCUGGGGACGGCUCGGGACACGGGGUCAACAAAAACCUCUUCUUUGACACGAGCCGGACCCAUCUGUACAUCGCCACUGACAAACGGAUCUCUAAGGUCCCGGUUCAGGCGUGCCACCUGAAGACGGACUGCCAGCUGUGCAUGGCCCAGGAGGACCCGUACUGCGGCUGGUGUGUUCUGGAGGGCAGAUGCACCAGGAAAGUGGAGUGUGGGAGGGCAGAGGAGGUGAACGGCUGGCUGUGGAGCCCGAAACAAGAGUGCGUUAAGAUCGAAUCCUUCGAACCGCCCAAUCUCAGCUGCAGGAAGACUCAGGAAGUAAAGGUCGGCGUGUCUGCGUUCCCCAGCAUCAGGGAGUCGGACAGGCUGCAGUGCCGGUUUGGCUCCUUCGUGUGCGAGGCCUCGAUGGACGGCUCGCAGAUCACCUGCAGGCUCGCUGACCACGUCCGCAUCCCGCCCACACCCGACAAGCAAGAUUUUGUGGCGGUGCCGGUGAAGAUCUUGGUGAACGAGACGGUGGAGGUCGCAGCCCAACACUUCAAAUUCUACAACUGCAGCGCAGCCAUGAAGAAAGUGGAGAACGCCCCGUGCUUGUCCUGUGUAACCAGCGACUGGGGGUGCCAGUGGAACACUCAGGAUCACACCUGCAGCGACAGCGACAAUUCUAUAGGGGGCGCUCACAUCAUCAAACACGAGCAGGGAGCGAGGUGCCCGCGGUUCGAGAGUCAGGAUCUGGAACUCAUUCCCGUCGGGUUCAAAACCCCCAUCCGGUUCGAGGGAGUAAAUCUGGACGUGUACAAGGGUCGAGAGUUUAAGAUGGGCACGGAGCUGAUGAAGCAGGCCGAGGAGGCGGCCACGCCUGAGGGACACUCCCGCUUCGUCUUCCACGGAUAUGAGUUUUCCUACAGCAAAGCCCCGACGGUGAACGUGCUGUUCCACGUGAAGGAUGCGGGCACGGACAAGAAGAUCGACAGCACACUAAACGUGACCCUGUACAACUGCUCUGUGGGCCGGGAGGACUGCAGCCUGUGCAAGAACGCCACCCCGCAGUACCAGUGCGUGUGGUGCGCCAGGACCAGGUCCUGCGUCUACAGCGAGCUCUGCCUGGGCAACGACAACCAGGACUGCCCCAGCCCCAAGAUCACAGACAUUCUUCCCCGUUACGGCCCUCUGAAGGGGGGCAUUUCAGUCACCAUCCGAGGGUCCAACCUGGGCAUCAAAAAGGAAGACAUAAAGCGCAUAAGUGUGGCUGGUGUUCCUUGCACCCACCAGCAGGACAGAUACUCCGUCUCCACCAGCGUGGUGUGCGAGAUCGGCCCAGUCGACCCCCUGAUUCUCCGGGAAGGGGAGGUGGAAGUGGAGGUGGAGGGAGGGAAGACAGGAAGGUCAACCGUCCUCUUCACAUACAGGGACCCCCAUCCCAUGGCCGUCGAGCCGGCGAGAGGCCUCAAAGCGGGCGGGACGGUUAUCACGAUAACGGGGAGGGACCUGCACACCGCCACCAAGGAGGACCUCAACAUCAGCGUAGGGACCGUGGCCUGUGCUGUGGAAACCUUCGGCGAUAAGAUCACCUGUAAGACGGGUGAAUACACGGCGAUGAAGGUGCCCUCCGACCCCCUGACUGUCAAGGUCUGGUACGGGAAGAAUGCCUUCAUGGACGUGCCCAGGGCCUUCCAGUUCUGGGAGAACCCCAAAGUGGAGAGCCACUACCCCAAAGGGAGCUUCAUAUGCGGAGGCAGAAACAUCGUCGUGACCGGCAACGGGUUCGACCUCAUCCAGAAGGCUGUCAUGCGAGUGAGGGUCUCGGCAGAGGAUGAGUCCGAUAUCCCCAGCCCAGCCCCCGAGUUUGACCAAGAAUGUUGGGGCAAAAAUGACACGGUGCUGCAGUUCCUGUCCCCAACAAUCAACGAGACGUACGAGAACCAGUCCUUCAGGACCUUCGUCUUCCUCGACAACGCCCGCUCCGAGCUCAAGCCCUUCGACUACCACCCCGAUCCCGUUUUCAACAAGCUGACCAAGAACGUCAUCACCGAGACCAGCAUCAUCUCCGUCACGGGCCGAGGUUUCGCCAAGGCGAUGACGGCCAAGGAGGCGCAGGCGUUCGUGGGGGACGUCCCGUGCCUGGUCACCACCCUCCAGGACGACCGGCUCUUUCUGGACCCGCCCUACAGGCAGCCCACUUCCCGCUCCCGGCGACAAAGACGAGACACGAGCUCCGAGCCGCUGGACCUCGUGAUUCAGUUCGGGAAGGGAGAGUGGUUGGUGGGCUCGGUCCGUUACGAGAGGAAAUACGAAGCCCCCCUGCCCAUCAUCAUCCCAGCUGUCAUUUUCCCAAUGCUGCUGAUCAUUGCAGUCUCUGUCUACUGCUACAGGAGGAAGAGCCAGCAGGCUGAGAGGGAGUACGAGAAGGUGAAGCAUCAGCUGGAGAAUUUGGAGGAGAGUGUGCGUGACCGCUGCAAGAAGGAAUUCACAGAUCUGAUGAUCGAGAUGGAGGACCACACCAGCGACCUGAGCGAGGCCCGCAUCCCCUUCCUGGACUACAAGACCUACACGGACCGGGUCUUCUUCCUGCCCUCCAAGGACGGCGCCAACGACGUGAUGAUCACGGGCAAGCUGGACAUCCCCGAGGCGCGGCGCGCCAUCGUCACGCAGGCCCUCAACCAGUUCUCCAACCUCCUCAACAGCAAGACCUUCCUCAUCAAUUUUAUCCGCACCCUGGAGGGGCGCCCCGACUUUAAUGCCCGGGCGAAGGUGUACUUCGCCUCCCUGCUGACGGUGGCGCUGCACGGGAAGCUGGAGUACUACACCGACAUCAUGAGGACCCUGCUGCUGGAGCUGAUGGAGCAGUACGUCCACAGCAAGAACCCCAAGCUCAUGCUCCGCAGGUCAGAGACGGUGGUGGAGAGAAUGCUCUGUAACUGGAUGUCCAUCUGCCUCUACCAGUUUCUGAAGGACUCUGCCGGAGAGCCCCUCUACAGGCUCUUCAAGGCCAUAAAGCACCAGGUGGAGAAGGGCCCGGUGGACGCGGUGGUGAAGAAGGCCAAGUACACCCUGAACGACACGGGCCUGCUGGGGGACGACGUGGAGUACUCCGUCCUGACCCUGCAGGUGCUGGUCCUUGGAGAGGGGCCGGACGUGACCCCCGUGAAGGUGUUAAACUGUGACACCAUCUCCCAGGUGAAGGAGAAGAUCAUCGAGCAGGUGUACAGGAACCUGUCGUACUCGCAGAGACCCAAAGUGGACAGCGUCACUCUGGAGUGGCGCCCUGGAUCCACAGGGCAGAUCCUGUCAGACCUGGACUUAACGUCCCAGAAAGAGGGCAGGUGGAAGCGCAUGAACACACUGGCUCAUUAUAACGUUCGAGACAAUGCCACGUUGGUCCUGUCCAAGGUCCUACACCCCCAGCAGUCCUACGACCAAAACCAGGACAAUCAUGAAGAGCGAAACGCCCUGCUGGAGGACGACAAGGUGUUCCACCUGGUCCGGCCGGCCGAGGAGCUGGACGAGAUCAAGUCCAAGAGGGGCAGCAUGAAGGACAAGUCCAUGACCAAAGCCAUCACCGAGAUUUACCUGACCCGGCUGCUCUCCGUCAAGGGCACGCUGCAGCAGUUCGUGGACAACUUCUUCCGAAGCGUUCUGUGCUCGGGGGCGGUGGUGCCGCCCGCGGUGAAGUACUUCUUCGACUUCCUGGACGAGCAGGCGCUGAAGCACGACAACGUGGACGAGGAGACCAUCCACAUCUGGAAGACCAACAGCUUGCCUCUGAGGUUCUGGGUGAACAUCCUGAAGAACCCCCACUUCAUCUUCGACGUCCACGUGACCGAGGUGGUGGACGCCUCCCUGUCCGUCAUCGCCCAGACCUUCAUGGACGCCUGCACCAAGACCGAGCACAAGCUGAGCCGGGACUCCCCGAGCAACAAGCUGCUCUAUGCAAAGGAGAUCUCCACGUACAAGAAGAUGGUGGACGAUUACUACAAGGGCAUCAGGCAGAUGGUGUCGGUCAGUGACCAGGACAUGAACACGCAUCUUGCUGAGGUGUCACGGUCUCACACAGAUAAACUGAAUACACAGGUGGCCCUGCAUCAACUCUACCAGUAUGCAAGCAAAUACUACGACGGGAUCAUAACCUCUCUGGACGAAGAUCCCGCGGCCCAAAGCAAACAGCUGACCCUGCGGCUGCAACAGAUCGCCGCAGCGUUGGAGAACAAAGUAACGGACCUCUAACCCCCGCGGAGGAGAGGGGGCGAGGUAUCGGGUGCGGUACUGAGGGGGCUGUGUUGACGGAGGGAUUAUUUCAGCAGGCCUGGAGAAGGGGGGCAGGGGCAUUGGCUGUUUUUAAACUUACAACAAAUCGCUGUUCGGUUGUUUUCCUGAACAUUCGAUUAUGCCUUCGAUUGCCACGGAGUGUCCGCCAAAUCCCUUAACCCAGAGACAAAAUGAACUCUAAACGGUGGGGGUAAGAGGGGAUUGGGUAAUAAUACGUGCGCCCUAAAACGCCGACUCUGACCAGCUGCGACGGCCAGUCCGCGUGCCUGCUCUCCCGGCGUUGACAGACCGAUUGCUCACUGUGAGCAGUUGGCUUCCGAAACACCUUCGUGAGCCAGAUUUCCUCCUCUGCAGUGACGAGCUCCGACCAAUCGUGCCACGUAACGCCGCUGCCAGCCCUAUCACAUAAGCCCUGCAUUAAUCACUGGCUUCGUUAAAAAAAAGAAGAAAAAAUCCAGAUGUUCAAUUUUUUCCUGUGCAGAAAAGUAUUAUAUAUUUUUUAUUGUACGGUCUUUCUUCGAGAAAGCUUUGUAAGCAGAAAAUAACUUUUUAAAAAUUAUAGCCAUUUCAUUUCAUUGUCUCUGAAGAUGGUAGUGUUUCCAGUGUCACCUGUAUACGUAUCAGUGACCAUUGGUUAAUUAGCCAGACUCCCGUCCUCCAGCGACUUUGUGGGUGCAAUGAAUCCGUGUAUUGAAUGGUGACAGGAAUAUUAGAUCGUGACUGAAAAGUGGUUCCAAUUUUUUAUUUUUUUCAUUUUAAAGCUUGCGUUUCAUCAGAUCCGUUUUUGUGUGUGCUGUGUGCUUGGUUCAUGCGGUACAGUGACCGAAGGUGAAACGUCUCGUUCAGCACUAGUAUUGCUGAUUUCAAGGUUUUGCUUUGGGAAAUGUUUCCCCUUUUGUAGACCAACGCUAAAGCAAGGGCGGGUCUGUUUUAACUUCAGUUGAUUGCACAAUGUGUUCUCCGUUAAAGAUAUAUAGACCAAGUUCGAGUGCAAACUGCUAUGUGUGGUGUUAAAUUACUGAAGCUCUCCAGCUUCUCAGUCUCUUAGCAUUUCAGUGUAAAAUAAUGAGCCUUGCUUUAAAUCCUUGUCUCUUGCGCUUUGACAUUUGGUGGACUUGAGGACCGCGCAAAGGCGUAAAUACGGACACUAGGUUCUCAAGUUGAUUGUAUCUAUUUUGCAGUUAUUGCAGGCAAAGUGUUGCAUAACUUUAAUCUUAUACUUUACUAAGAAGGCACUAACGUUUAAAACUUGCUCUGAGACUGGGACACAAGAUAAAUGUUACAGGGUACUGUAUAGCUGUUAGUAGCUAUGUAAACAGAACUUUGCAAGUGGUUGAGUUAUUGAGAAAGAGAAGGAGAGGGAGAGUGAGUGAGAAAUUCACAAUUCCUUUGCUAAACAAAAAUGCCUGCACAUAAAUUGCUAGAUUAUGAAUGGAACAGUACUUUUUUUCCAAAAUGUAACUGUUACAGCUUUUGCAAGCUAUCAGUAGGCUACUGGGCAUUUAAAAAAAGAAAUAAAACACUUGCCAAGCUGAAUCACAUAAACAAUUUUGCAGCCGAUCAUGAUAUGUGUUGCCCGCAAUAUUUUAUUGUGACAUCACCGUUAGUGCUAAAUUGCAGAGGCAUGAAUAAUCAUAGCAUUUGAUUUAUUAGAAAUGGUACGUAUUAAGAAUGUUCAUACGCAAUAUUAUUAUGCUGAUAUUGAAGGUAGAAGUGUGCAUUCAUUAUUUAGCGGUACACGUCGUUUUAAUUAGUGUCCUCUUGAUGAAACUGGUUGUCACCUGCCUGCUACUGUUAUCUUCAUAUCCAAAUGUUCAUGUGUCAAAAUUCACUAUGGGUUUUUAAUCUCCAGUGACAAGCACCAGCUUUCGUUGCUGUAAAUAACUGGUGUGAGUUUCUGCGUCGCUAGACCAGUUUUUUAAAAUUAUUUUCAUUCCCCUAUUUUGGAGAUUGAGGUCACAAAGCCGGUUGUUACCGGCAGGCAGGCGGCUCCCUGGCACGAGCCACGCACGACAGAAUGGAUUCCAAUUCUGUGCAGAAUAGGAGCAGCGGGGGAUUCUUUUGAUCUUAAUUAAAUCCAGAUUGCGCACUUCUUAUUUUCCCCUCUUGCUUCCAUCUUGUAUCUGAAAUUCAAGUACUGAGAGCUCAAAGCAAAGCUUUUGUUUGCCUUCCUUUAACCAGAAAGUGCCUUAAUGAUAAUGUAUAGUAAUUGUUGAAAAAAAUUAUGAUUAUAUUAUUAGUAAUAUGGAUUCUGCCGUGUUUUAGCAAUCUUGUGAUACCAUGUGCCGUCGGAUAAUACGAGUGUGCUGCAGUGAUCACUUGCCAAUGUGUGUGUCCGCGCCGGACUCGUGAGGACACUAGGAUUUCCCUACUGUUUGAAGUGUGUGUUUUGUGCUAGAUGUCUGUGAGGUGACCUUAGUAGGGUUCUGAAAGCUACUGUCAACGGCUCGGAUGAAGGCAGUGGCAAGCUUACUUAGAAAUGUCUCACAAAACCUACGAGUCGGUGAGCAUCAAACAUAGAAAACCGAAUAUCGUAAAUCGUCUCGGACUCGGUGUGCUUUCUUUUCUUUUAGAACGUAUUUGGGAAAAAAAUGACUCUUUAAAAAUGAUUUCUCGUUUUCAAAGUGGUCGACUGUAUGUAUGAAAAGGCUGUACCUGUGUGCUCGACAAGAACUCUUUUACUGCUGUGCAGUUAGCCUACUCAUUUUCACUUUCUUAUGACAUAUUACGAUUGUAAAAACAUGUUGACAUACUGUAUUCCAAUGGCGUAAUCCUAUGCAUCGAGCCCCAGUGGCUCCGUUUGUUGUGCUGUUGUCGAGAUUUCCUUUCCUAUUCUUGUGAAUGUGAAAUAACAGAAGUGAGGCAGAAAUAAACAGUACAAUAUAUAACAAAAACCUAUCAUCUUUUAAUGAAAGAACGCUGGAAAACACGCUCCGCAAAUACAUUUCGCAACUAAGGUGCUCUGCACGCUACCUGAUCGGUCCUUUGGUCACAAAAGCAGGAAUGGAGGCACUUACACCAUUCAUCACUAUGUCCAUUCUUCGCUUCUUCUUCUCCUUUUUUUUUUUUUUUAACCUGCUCUUUUGACCCGGCGAGUGAGUUCCACGGUUCUGUGAGAGGCCUUGCUUUGUUGGUGCACGGCGUGCAGCGCUGAGAUGAAGGAAGGUGAGACGUCUGCCGCUUCGUGGCCACCUCGAGCAGGGCCGCGGGCCCACUGCCUCACAAUGCAACACCCAACUGCUCCAACCGAUCGCCGAGUGACCGGUAUUUUUGUGUUGUGUCGAGUGAAUAUGGAACAAUUUGGGAGAAUUUGGGAAAUGUGUGUACACUAUUUUCAUGUAAAAUAUGAAAAAUCACAAAUUAUUGUAAGAUCUCCAGCAAUAGCCCAAAAGCUAUGUAAAGAAAUAUUACUAUUAAACCACUAACAGUAAAUAAAAAAAGAUGAAA